AUGAUGAAAUGGCAGCCCCGGAAGAAGGUAAGGGACUUAGGGUUUCUUUCUGGAUGCCCAUAUUGGCUACAAGUUGACUUGCAAUGCACAAUUAAACAUUGGAUCAUGGCAUGGGGGUUGUGUCAUAUUGUCUUUGUGUUCUGCCAGAAGUUGAGCGUCCAGUCCAGUGCAGUCCAUACAUGGCGAUUCACAGUGCUUGACUUGGACUGAAAUAGGUUCAGUUUGCAUUUAGUUGCAGGAGCUUCACAAUACUUUUGAGCUAAUAUUCUAUAAGAGGAACAGGUGCUCAAGCAGUAGAACAUUUGAAGUGCUGGUACUCAGCUCCGGUGAGCUCCUUCCCAAGUCAAGCACCGGCGAUUCACAUAAAGGCUACUAGCCUUGGAUCACACACACAUACACACACGCGCUCUCUCUCUCUCUCUCUCUCUCUCUCUCUCUCUCUCUCUCUCUCUCUCUCUCUCUCUCUCUCUCUCUCUCAAUUCAAUUCAAUUCAAUUCAAUUCAAUUCAAUUCAAGGGGUUUUAUUGGCAUGGGAAACAUAUUCAAAAAUUGAAAUAACAAUAAAAAGUGAACAGUAAAUAUUACACACUCUCUCUCUCUCUCACACAAACACACACCAAGUGGUAAUAGGAGGCACACACACGAGAGAGAGACCAGUGUAUAAUCCUCAGUAAACAAUGAUUUACCCUGGUAUAUAUCAAAAGGAGGAGAGGAAAAUAGGAGAGGAGAAGAGUUCAUCAUUUAAAUGGUCUCUAAUGUACUUAAUGCCUAUCUCUCUCUCUGGAGGUAUAGUACUGUGUAAACCACCAGGUGUGUGAUGUGAUGAUGGAUAAAUAACUCCUGAAUUGUCCUCAUUAGAAAAUGAGUAAUGACUGUUUAAGCCCUAUCUGUGUGUCCUGUGUGUGUGUGUGUGUGUGUGUGUGUACAUACCUGUACCUUGCAUGGGUUUAUUAGUAGAGUUAAUAUGACUAAAACACCCACACACCAGGACCUAGGACUAGAGUAGUGUUGACAAAGUGUUGAUUGAUGAUUAGUUGAAUCAGUUGUGUUAGUGCUGGGCUGGAACAAAAUCCUGCACAGCUUGUAUCUCUCCAGAACUUGGGUUGUUAUAAAUACAAUUUAUGUUUACCCUAGCUUCAGAAGCAGACGGUGUGUGUGUGUGUGUCUGUGUUUGUGUAUAUUCAGUGGUGCAUUAGAUAUUCAUCUUGUGUGUUGACUGUUGACAGUCUCGGUGAGACUCUCUCUAUGAUAGUGUGUGUGUGUGUGUCUCAUCCAAGUGUGUGUGUGUGUGUCUAUGUGUGAGAUAGAAUGUAGAAAGACUCCUCAUAAAUAGUUUCAGUAGUGUUUGUUUGACAGCUUUCGUUGUUGUGGAUGGAGUGAAAAUCGAAAUAUUAUAUAUUUCUUCCCCCAUUCUCUUUCUCUCCCUCUUUCUUUCUCCCUACCUCCCUUUUCUUGUUUCCCACUCAGUGGGGUUUUGACUAACAAUGUGCCCUGAUAUAAUUUUACUUACAAUACAGCUAAGCCUCUUAAAACCAUACUCCACCCCUCCCUCACCCCCUCUCCCCCUCAGCACGAGUGCAGUGUAAGUCCCUGUGUGUAAUGGUGUCAAAACAAUAACCACUGUAUUGGGGCACUAACCUAUGACAGAGUAAUACUUUAGCUACAACAAUUUUACAAUGGUCCAGAGUUCAUGCCAAUGUUGCAGAUGGAGGAUAUAACUCUGUGUGGACAGUAUAGUAGUCAAUGUAUUAACCCCAAGUGUGUGUGUGUGUCCCUCUAUCUCUCUCUUUCUACGCUGUUUCAUUUCAUGCCAAUCAGCCAUGUAGAUCCUCAAAGCAGAUACUGUCAGUCAGUCACUGAGAGCUCUCUGUAACGUAGUCUAUCCAUGAGGUACAGUCACUGAGAGCUCUCUGUAACGUAGUCUAUCCAUGAGGUACAGUCACUGAGAGCUCUCUGUAACGUAGUCUAUCCAUGAGGUACAGUCACUGAGCUCUCUGUAACGUAGUCUAUCCAUGAGGUACAGUCACUGAGAGCUCUCUGUAACGUAGUCUAUCCAUGAGGUACAGUCACUGAGAGCUCUCUGUAACAUAGUCUAUCCAUGAGGUACAGUCACUGAGCUCUCUGUAACGUAGUCUAUCCAUGAGGUACAGUCACUGAGAGCUCUCUGUAACGUAGUCUAUCCAUGAGGUACAGUCACUGAGAGCUCUCUGUAACGUAGUCUAUCCAUGAGGUACAGUCACUGAGAGCUCUCUGUAACGUAGUCUAUCCAUGAGGUACAGUCACUGAGAGCUCUCUGUAACGUAGUCUAUCCAUGAGGUACAGUCACUGAGAGCUCUCUGUAACGUAGUCUAUCCAUGAGGUACAGUCACUGAGAGCUCUCUGUAACGUAGUCUAUCCAUGAGGUACAGUCACUGAGAGCUCUCUGUAACGUAGUCUAUCCAUGAGGUACAGUCACUGAGAGCUCUCUGUAACGUAGUCUAUCAAUGAGGUACAGUCACUGAGAGCUCUCUGUAACGUAGUCUAUCCAUGAGGUACAGUCACUGAGAGCUCUCUGUAACGUAGUCUAUCCAUGAGGUACAGUCACUGAGAGCUCUCUGUAACGUAGUCUAUCCAUGAGGUACAGUCACUGAGAGCUCUCUGUAACAUAGUCUAUCCAUGAGGUACAGUCACUGAGAGCUCUCUGUAACGUAGUCUAUCCAUGAGGUACAGUCACUGAGAGCUCUCUGUAACGUAGUCUAUCCAUGAGGUACAGUCACUGAGAGCUCUCUGUAACAUAGUCUAUCCAUGAGGUACAGUCACUGAGAGCUCUCUGUAACGUAGUCUAUCCAUGAGGUACAGUCACUGAGAGCUCUCUGUAACGUAGUCUAUCAAUGAGGUACAGUCACUGAGAGCUCUCUGUAACGUAGUCUAUCCAUGAGGUACAGUCACUGAGAGCUCUCUGUAACGUAGUCUAUCCAUGAGGUACAGUCACUGAGAGCUCUCUGUAACGUAGUCUAUCCAUGAGGUACAGUCACUGAGAGCUCUCUGUAACAUAGUCUAUCCAUGAGGUACAGUCACUGAGAGCUCUCUGUAACGUAGUCUAUCCAUGAGGUACAGUCACUGAGAGCUCUCUGUAACGUAGUCUAUCCAUGAGGUACAGUCACUGAGAGCUCUCUGUAACGUAGUCUAUCCAUGAGGUACAGUCACUGAGAGCUCUCUGUAACGUAGUCUAUCCAUGAGGUACAGUCACUGAGAGCUCUCUGUAACGUAGUCUAUCCAUGAGGUACAGUCACUGAGAGCUCUCUGUAACGUAGUCUAUCCAUGAGGUACAGUCACUGAGAGCUCUCUGUAACGUAGUCUAUCCAUGAGGUACAGUCACUGAGAGCUCUCUGUAACGUAGUCUAUCCAUGAGGUACAGUCACUGAGAGCUCUCUGUAACGUAGUCUAUCCAUGAGGUACAGUCACUGAGAGCUCUCUGUAACGUAGUCUAUCCAUGAGGUACAGUCACUGAGAGCUCUCUGUAACGUAGUCUAUCCAUGAGGUACAGUCACUGAGCUCUCUGUAACGUAGUCUAUCCAUGAGGUGAUAUUCUCAUCUUUAUUUUUCUCUCCUGCCGUCUCUAUUCUCCUUUCUGCCUUUCUCUUUUCUCUGAAGACAGGCAGAAAUAAAAAAUAGUUUUUCUUUCAUGUCAACUGAGCGUCGAUACAGAGUUCGUAAUGUACAGUUUCUCGCCCCAGCCAUGAAAGUAUGUGGUGCGUGUGUGGGUGCGACGAUGGAGAGAGCUUGUUCCUGUUUAGAUGUUUUAUUUAAAUGAGCUCUGAUCUCCGAGGCUGACAGUGAUCUCUGGUGCUCGUUAGUGUCUUGGCUCGCCACCCUGAUGAACCCCUUAUCUGAUUGUGUGUGUGUGUGUGUUUGUACUCUUGCUCCAUUAGUCAAGUCUGUAGGUGAUUAAAGGCACCUGUGUGAACUGGAGGCUCCAGACAUCUCCUCUCUUCCUCUCCUCUCCUCCUCUCAUCCUCUCUUCCGGACUAUUAAGGACUGCUCUCUAAGAAGAACAUUCUCAAUCUCUUGAGAGUGCCGAUGCAGUGAUGAGGAUAACGGAGAGAGGUGGGAGGGAGGAUGGAGGGAGGGGUUAUUGCAGGAGGAUGGAGGGAGGGGGGAUGGCGGGAGGUGGGAGGGAGGGAGGAUGGAGGGAGGGGGGAGGGAGGAUGGAGGGAGGGGGGAGGGAGGAUGGAGGGAGGGGGGUGAGGUUAUUUUUUGCGUGUCCAUUGUACCUGUGCCAAACCUUAGAGGUGCUUCUGGGACAAUACUCCACUCUACCCAGUGUGUUUGUGUAUGUGUGUGUGUGUGAGAGAGAGAUAGAGAUUUGGCAUUGGGUUGCAGAAUAGACACACAUACAAACAAAAUGUGGGACCAUUAGCUCCCAGCACGUGGUCAGACUCCACUAGGCGUGAUGUGACAAAGUCAUUUGUAAUGUUAAAUAAUUCAGAGAAAUAUGCUAGUGCCACACACUAGGAGUUUGAAGGAGUGUCUUGUUUAUGUGUGUUUGUUUGCAACAGCCAGUGGCGUUCGUUACAUGGUCUUAGAGGCAGGCAGUGGGAGAGCAAAUGUCACAAUGACUGAAAAGGCCAAGAGCAAUAUGGGAUCUCUCAGGGGAGAAAGAGAUUACAUUUACAUUUUAGUCGACACUCUUAUCCAGAGCGACUGUCACGGUACACUAGUGGAUGUGGUGGUAAAGUCAGGCGCAGGACACAGCGGAUAAGUCAAACGACUUUACUGAGACAAAAAAAUUAUAAUACAAAAAUAAAUGGCUUCGAAACACACAUGAGGCAAAGAAUACGCGCAACGCGUAAAAUACACAAAUGCAAACAGGUACCGACUAAAGACAAACGACAGGCGGACAACAACACACAACUCCAAAACAUAACACAGGGAAACUUAUAGGUGACAUAAUCAGGACAGAAUACGAAACAGGUGCACUAAACUAGACAUGACCAAACAAACAUCGAAACAUCAAACGGUGGCAGCUAGUACUCCGGGGAAGACGAACGCCGAAACCUGCCCGAACAAGGAGGAGGGGCAGCCUCGGCGGUAUUCGUGACAGUACCCCCCCCCUUGCCGUGCGCCGGCCUCGGGGACGGCCAGGAGGACGCGGAGCAGGGCGCGUGGGAUGGUUUCGGUGGAACUCCGUCAGGAGGAAGGGAUCUAAGAUAUCCCUCCUAGGCACCCAGCACCGUUCCUCCGGACCGUACCCCUCCCACUCCACGAGAUAUUGUAGACCCCCCAUCUGACGUCUCGAAUCCACGAUGGACCGGACUGAGUACGCCGGAGCCCCCUCGAUGUCCAGUGGGGGCGGGGGAGUCUCUCUUAUCUCACAGUCCUGGAGUGGACCAGCUACCACCGGCCUGAGGAGAGACACAUGGAACGAGGGGUUAAUGUGAUAAUCAUUAGGCAAUUGUAACUUGUAGCAUACCUCGUUCAAUCUCCUCAGGACUUUAAAUGGCCCCACAAACCGCCGACCCAGCUUCCGGCAGGGCAGGCGAAGGGGCAGGUUUCGAGUCGAGAGCCAGACUCGAUCUCCAGGUGCGUAUACUGGACCCUCACUGCGGUGGAGAUCGGCGCUCGCCUUUUGUCUACGGAUAGCCCGCUGCAGAUGGACGUGUGCAGCGUUCCACGUCUCCUCCGAGCGCCGAAACCACUCAUCCACCGCAGGAGCCUCGAUCUGGCUCUGAUGCCAUGGUGCCAGAACCGGCUGAUACCCUAACACACACUGGAAAGGGGUCAGGUUAGUAGAGGAGUGGCGAAGAGAGUUCUGGGAAAUCUCUGCCCAAGGGAUAUAACCCGACCACUCCUCCUGCCGGUCCUGGCAAUACGAUCUCAGAAACCUGCCCACAUCCUGGUUCACUCUCUCCACCUGCCCAUUACUCUCAGGGUGAAAACCCGAGGUAAGGCUAACCGAGACCCCCAAACGUUCCAUGAACGCCCUCCAGACUUUAGAGGUGAAUUGGGGACCUCGAUCGGACACUAUAUCCUCGGGAACCCCGUAGUGCCGGAAGACGUGGGUAAACAAAGCCUCUGCGGUCUGUAGGGCAGUAGGGAGACCCGGCAUUGGGAUGAGACGACAGGCCUUAGAGAACCGAUCCACAACGACCAGAAUGGUGGUAUUCCCCUGGGAGGGAGGUAGGUCAGUGACAAAGUCUACCGAGAGGUGAGACCACGGCCGUUGUGGAACGGGCAGGGGCUGUAACUUCCCCCUGGGCAGGUGUCUAGGCACCUUACACUGGGCGCACACUGAGCAGGAGGAGACAUAAACCCUCACGUCCCUAGCCAAUGUUGUCCACCAGUACUUAACACUAAGGCAGUGCACUUUCCGGCCAAUACCUGGAUGUCCAGAGGAGGGUGACGUGUGAGCCCAAUAUAUGAGACGAUCACGGAUCUCGAGCGGCACGUACGUCCGCCCCACUGGACACUCCGGAGGAGUAGGGUCGGUGCGUAACGCCCGCUCGAUUUCUGCAUCGAUCUCCCACACCCCCGGUGCCACCAGACAAGACUCUGGCAGAAUGGGAGUGGGCUCAAUGGACCUCUCCUCUGUGUCAUACCGCCGGGACAGUGCGUCUGCCUUACCGUUCUGGGACCCUGGGAUGUACGUAAGCUUAAAGACAAACCGGGUCAGAAACAUGUUCCACCUAGCCUGACGAGGGUUCAGUCUCCUAGCUGCCCGGAUGUACUCCAGGUUACGAUGGUCAGUCAGAAUGAGAAAAGGGUGUUGAGCCCCCUCAAGCCAAUGCCUCCACACGUUUAGGGCCUGAACUACGGCUAGCAGCUCCCUGUCCCCUACGUCAUAAUUUCGUUCGGCCGGGCUGAGCUUUUUUGAAUAAAAAGCGCAGGGCCGGAGUUUAGGAGGCGUGCCUGAGCGUUGAGACAAUACUGCCCCAAUACCGGCCUCUGACGCGUCCACCUCCACUUGGAACGCUAAAGCGGGGUCCGGAUGCGCCAGCACCGGAGCCGAGGUGAACAGGUUCUUAAGUUUAUCAAACGCCCUGUCCGCCUCAACCGACCACUGCAAACGCACCGGGCCCCUCUUCAGCAGGGAAGUGAUGGGAGCUGCCACCUGUCCAAAACCCCGGAUAAACCUCCGGUAGUAAUUGGCAAAACCCAAAAACCGUUGCACCUCUUUAACAGUGGUUGGAGUCUGCCAAUUACGCACGGCUGACACACGGUCAAUCUCCAUCUCCACACCUGACGCGGACAACCGAUGACCCAAGAAGGAGAUGGACUCCUGGAAAAACAGACAUUUCUCUGCCUUGACAUACAAGUCAUGCUCCAACAGCCUACCCAACACUCGGCGUACCAGGGCUACAUGCUCGGCUCGUGUAGGCGAGUACACUAGAAUGUCGUCAAUGUACACGACCACACCCUGCCCAUGCAAGUCCCGGAAGAUCUCGUCCACAAAGGAUUGGAAGACUGAAGGAGCAUUGACGACAAGCCUACCAGACGAGCUAAACCACUUCUAUGCUCGCUUCGAGGCAAGCAACACUGAAGCAUGCAUGAGAGCACCAGCUGUUCCGGACGACUAUGUGAUCACGCUCUCCGUAGCCGAUGUGAGUAAGACUUUUAAGCAGGUCAACAUUCACAAGGCCGCAGGGCCAGACGGAUUACCAGGACGUGUACUCCGAGCAUGUGCUGACCAACUGGCAAGUGUCUUCACUGACAUUUUCAACAUGUCCCUGACUGAGUCUGUAAUACCAACAUGUUUCAAGCAGACCACCAUAGUCCCCGUGCCCAAGAACUCUAAGAUAACCUGCCUAAAUGACUACCGACCCGUGGCACUGACGUCUGUAGCCAUGAAGUGCUUUGAAAGACUGGUCAUGGCUCACAUCAACAGCAUAAUCCCAGAAACCCUAGACCCACUCCAAUUUGCAUACCGCCCCAACAGAUCCACAGAUGAUGCAAUCUCUAUCGCACUCCACACUGCCCUUUCCCACCUGGACAAGAGGAACACCUACGUGAGAAUGCUAUUCAUUGACUACAGCUCAGCAUUCAACACCAUAGUGCCCUCAAAGCUCAUCACUAAGCUAAGGAUCCUGGGACUAAACACCUCCCUCUGCAACUGGAUCCUGGACUUCCUGACGGGCCGCCCCCAGGUGGUAAGGGUAGGUAACAACACAUCUGCCACACUGAUCCUCAACACGGGGGCCCCUCAGGGGUGCGUGCUCAGUCCCCUCCUGUACUCUCUGUUCACCCAUGACUGCAUGGCCAGGCACGACUCCAACACCAUCAUUAAGUUUGCCGACGACACAACAGUGGUAGGCCUGAUCACCGACAACGAUGAGACAGCCUAUAGGGAGGAGGUCAGAGAUCUGGCCGUGUGGUGCCAGGACAACAACCUUUCCCUCAACGUGACCAAGACAAAGGAGAUGAUUGUGGACUACAGGAAAAAAAAGAGGACUGAGCACGCCCCCAUUCUCAUCGACGGGGCUGUAGUGGAACAGGUUGAGAGCUUCAAGUUCCUUGGUGUCCACAUCACCAACGAACUAUCAUGGUCCAAACACACCAAGACAGUCGUGAAGAGGGCACGACAAAGCCUAUUCCCCCUCAGGAGACUAAAAAGAUUUGGCAUGGGUCCUCAGAUCCUCAAAAAAUUCUACAGCUGCACCAUCGAGAGCAUCCUGACUGGUUGCAUCACCGCCUGGUAUGGCAACUGCUUGGCCUCUGACCGCAAGGCACUACAGAGGGUAGUGCGUACGGCCCAGUACAUCACAGGGGCAAAGCUCCCUGCCAUCCAGGACCUCUAUACCAGGCGGUGUCAGAGGAAGGCCCUCAAAAUUGUCAAAGACUCCAGUCACCCUAGUCAUAGACUGUUCUCUCUGCUACCGCACGGCAAGCGGUACCGGAGUGCCAAGUCUAGGUCCAAAAGACUUCUCAACAGCUUCUACCCCCAAGCCAUAAGACUCCUGAACAGCUAAUCAUGGCUACCCGGACUAUUUGCACUGCCCCCCCACCCCAUACUUUUUACGCUGCUGCUACUCUGUUAAGUAUUUAUGCAUAGUCACUUUAACUCUACCCACAUGUACAUAUUACCUCAACUACCUCAACUAGCCGGUGCCCCCGCACAUUGACUAUGCAACGGUACCCCCCUGUAUAUAUAGCCUCCCUACUGUCACUUUAUUCUAUUGUAUAUAUAGCCUCCCUACUGUCACUUUAUUUUUACUUCUGCUCUUUUUUUCUCAACACUUUUUUGUUGUUGUUUUAUUCUUACUUUUUUGUUUAAAAUAAAUGCACUGUUGGUUAAGGGCUGUAAGUAAGCAUUUCACUGUAAUGUCUGCACCUGUUGUAUUCGGCGCAUGUGACCAAUAAAAUUUGAUUUGAUUUGAUUUGAUUAACCCAUAUGGCAUGACGAGAUACUCAUAAUGACCCGAGGUGGUACUAAAUGCUGUCUUCCAUUCAUCUCCCUCCCUAAUGCGCACCAAGUUGUAAGCGCUCCUGAGAUCCAGUUUUGUGAAGAAACGCGCUCCGCGUAAUGAUUCCGUCAUACUCGCAAUCAGAGGAAGAGGAUAACUGUAUUUAACUGUGAUCUGAUUGAGAUUACGGUAAUCAAUACACGGGCGCAAUUCUCCAUCCUUUUUCUUCACAAAAAAUAAACUCGAGGACACAGGGGAAGUGGAGGGCCGUAUGUAUCCCUGUCUCAGAGACUCGGCUAUGUAUGUCUCCAUAGCCGCCGUCUCCUCUUGAGACAAGGGAUACACAUGGCUCCGCGGAAGUGCCGCACCCGCCAGGAGAUCUAUCGCACAAUCUCCCCGUCUAUGAGGUGGCAAACGCGUCGCCCUAGUUUUGCUGAACACGAGUGCCAAAUCCUCAUACUCGGGGGGAAUGUGCAUUGUGGGCACUUGGUUCGGACUCUCCACUGUGGUCGCCCCUACGGAAACACCUAAACAUCGCCCGACACACUGGUUAGACCACUCCUUGAGAGCCCUCUGUUGCCACGAAAUGGUGUAUGGUGUAUGGUAGCCAGGUAGAGCUCCACUUGAAGGAGGAACCCCUGACACCCGGCUGCGGUGCCAUCAUAUGCCCUCGGGAGCGAGAGCCGUAUGCCACUGGACUCCGGAGCUGGUAUGGUGGGGCUGGCCGAUGGUGGUGGUAAGGUAGGAGGAGGUGUGGGCAAACCUCCUCUCUCCCAUCGGCGCAGGGUGUCCAUGACCUCCUGCAUGGCAGAUCCGAGUUGCUGGAUCCUGGCGUCCUGGUAGCUGACCCGAUCCUCCAGCGACUCGGUUCCCCCCGCUGCUCCUGCUGACUCCAUAGUAAUGGGUGUGUUGUUCUGUCACGGUACACUAGUGGAUGUGGUGGUAAAGUCAGGCGCAGGACACAGCGGAUAAGUCAAACGACUUUACUGAGACUCAAAAAUGAUAAUACAAAAAUAAAUGGCCUCGAAACACACAGGAGGCAAAGAAUACGCGCAACGCGUAAAAUACACAAAUGCAAACAGGUACCGACCAAAGACAAAGGACAGGCGGACAACAACACACAACUCCAAAACAUAACACAGGGAAACUUAUAGGUCACAUAAUACGAAACAGGUGCACUAAACUAGACAUGACCAAACAAACAUUGAAACAUCAAACGGUGGCAGCUAGUACUCUGGGGACGACGAACGCCGAAACCUGCCCGAACAAGGAGGAGGGGCAGCCUCGGCGGUAUUCGUGACAGCGACUUACAGUUAGUGAGUGCAUACAUUAUUUUUUUUAUUUUUUUCAUACUGGCCCCCUGUGGGAAUCAAACCCACAACCCUGGCGUUGCAAACGCCAUGCUCUAUCAACUGAGCUACAUCCCUGCCGGCCAUUCCCUCCCCUACCCUGGGCCAAUUGUGCACCGCCCCAUGGGUCUCCCGGUCGCAGCCGGCUACGACAGAGCCUGGAUUCAAACCAGGAUCUCUAGUGGCACAGCUAGCGCCUUAGACCACUGCGCCACUCGGGAAGGGAGAGAGAGAGAGGGAAGAGAGAGAGAUGGGUUGAGAGAAAGAAAGAGAGAGAGAGAGAGGGGGAAGAGAGUAGGGGAUGAGUCUGUGUGUGGGCUUCUCUCAUAAUCUCAUUGCAGUGUCUUGUGGUGGUAAAUUGAACAGUAAUUGGCAGACAAUGAGCGUGACAUGAUCAAGUGUUGGCUGGCUCACACACACACACACACACACACACAACAGCUAAAUAACCUGGAGCUGUGCUGACAUGCACAAUAUGAGAACAUAGUGAAGGAGACAGCUGGAUGGAAGAGGAAUGGAGAGCUGAGAGAGGAGAGGAAUGGAUGGAUAAUUGAAAGGCAGACGAGACGUCGGCUGAUCUAACAGGCCUUUUGUUCCAUGUCUCACUCACUGUCAUGGUAGGAUGUAAACAGUAGCUGUGUCGACCUCUAUUGACUAGUUGGGAUAUAUUGAAAGUUAGUUGUACAUGACUGAAAGGGUGCUGGUUGGUAGAAUGAGUGUGUUUACAUUCAUGUAAGUGUAACAGGGUUGGUUAUGUUUCCACUUCACACUGCAGAAAUAUGUAUUCAAUGUUUAUGUAUUCCUAUUAGUGGGUGGAAUGUAAAUAUCAAUAAAGUGUUAUGCCAUUGGUCAUGCUUGCAGAUAGGGGGAGAUUGUGAACGUCACUUCUUCCCAGUCUGAUAAUUCAAUACGAGCGGUAGGUCACGUUCUGAAAUACUAUAUUAUUUAUCCUUCUCUGUGGUCUGGCCAUCACCUUUUGACUCACAAAGAAACAGAAAAGCUUCAAAAGGCCCAGUCAAUCUCACACACACACACACACACACACACACACACACACACACACACACACACACACACACACACACACACACACACACACUGGCGUCCUACUUCACUUCACUAGCGAGGGUCAAUGGCACUUCUUUGACACACACACUCAUUUAUUCUCCAUGUGACCCCAAACCAAUUCCCUUAUUUUUCUCCCUCCUUUUUCUCUUCCCUCUGAUAGCCUGACUCAUUCCCCUGCUUCUCUCAGACACAUACAUACACUAUUGGCAUUCCCUGCUCCCCUGACACACACACACAGAAAUGGCCUUCUGAUUCUGUUAGCAGCGGGGCUGCCUCCCUCCGAAUGUAACAGUGAGAGAGGUCACAGCUAGAGUCACAGCAAGGGCACCUGGGAUUGAGGAGAGGGGUCAAAGUUGACAGUUCUGUAUUUUGAAUGUACAAUUAGUUGUUGCUUUUUCAUUUAGGCUACCCCACAGCUCAAAGUAGAGUGGGUGACUAAUCUCUCUCUCUUUCUCUCUCUCUCGCGCUAUCUCUCUCUGUUCCCACUCUCUCCAUCCCUCAGUAAUACUGUAAUUUACUUCUUAAUUAGUGUUAAAUUCUCCACUUACUGAGACGAGCAGCCAGUCCUUAGGGCACCAGGGAGGGAGAGACACUGCAUGGUUCAGUAAGACUCAGGGCAAAGAGAGAACCAAGGCUUAGUCUCAUUGGCCUUCUCCUAUGAUGUAUUCACAUUUAAUUGUAUGAAUCACUCAAUGUACUCCAAAGCUUCUUGUUGUUAUAUCUCUCUCAUGCAGAUACAGUAUACACAGUGAUUCAUUCUCAGACCGUGAGUAACUGGUUUUGUCUGGUUUGGUUUGGUUUUACUGCACUUAAGGUAAGAUAAUGGGGAGGUGUAUUGAUGUGGUGAAUUGAGGAGUUGAGUUGUGGUAGAUAUUUAGCUAUGCAUCAUGUACCAGUAUUGAGUCUCUCAGCUGACACACAGUCCCUGGUUCACACACAUGAAUCUGUCUUCUGUCUGCAUAUCCUUUCUUAUCUCCUUCUCUCUUUCUCUCUUGUCUUUUUUUUUCACUCUUUCCCUCUAUCCCACCUCUCUCUCUCUCCUUCUCUCCUUCUCUCCCACCCUCUUUCCCUUUCUCUCCCCUCCUCUCUCACCUAUUGUCUCUCAUCUUCGCAUCUCUCUCAUCUCCGUCUCGUCCUAUCAUCUCUCUCUUUCCUUCUCUCUCCUCUCUCUCUCUCUCUUUCUUUCUCUCUCUCUUUCUCUCUUUCUCUCCCCCCCUAUCUCUUUCUCUCUUUCUCUCUCUCUUUCUCUCUUUCUCUGUCUGUUGCAUUGCCAUCUGUUCUUGAUUAAUGGGAGUAAGGAGCGAUAAUUGAAGCAUCUGUUCAUCCAGAGCACAUCCUCUGCUCUACACACACACACACACACACACACACACACACACACACACACACACACACACACACACACACACACACACACACACACACACACACACACACACACACAUACACCUCCUUGCUCCAUGUAUGGUAUGGAUCGGAAGGACCCUGGUAAGUGUAACUUCUAACGGUCUGUCCCUCCAGCAGGUUGAGGGGAUAUAGAUAUAUCACAUAAGGAUGUAGGGGUUCAUGGGGUUCUGGAAGAGCUGCCAGACAUGUGCUAAUAGACAGACUGACAGAUCGAAGGGGGGGAAGAGAGGAGGGGAGAAGAGAGGAGGGGUCCGGACUCGACCUGCUGUCACAGAGAGCAGUUUGUGAAUUUGGCAUCGUUAUAGUACUGGUGGGGGGCUUUGAGUAUAGACUGAUGCAUACACGCACGCACGCGCGCGCACACACACACACACACACACACACACACACACACAUUCAGUAGCAGUAUUCCUGCAGCGCUAAUUGCUGAUGUUGCUAUAAUAGUUUCCUCUGAUCCCCUCUCUUUCUCUCAACAGUAUUAUUAUAGUUAUUAUAAUUGUGUUCAUUUAAAUAACCAUUGUUUAAUUAUUUAUUUAAUUCCUUUCUUUAUAUGCUGACAAAAAUGGUUUAAUACAUGUACAAUCUAUUUGACCAAAUAAUGAUGAGAGGGCAAAAUGUGAGGAUGAAUAGCUGUUGAAGGUCCAGUAUAUCUAUUAUUUCUCUCUCUCGCUCCCUCUCUCCUUCUCCCCCUCUCCCUCCAUCAGGCAUACUUCCGUCAGGGCGUGGCCCUGCAGUACCUUGGUCGCCAUGCCGACGCCCUGGCAGCAUUUGCCUCUGGUCUGGCGCAGGACCCCAAGAGUCUCCAACUAUUGGUGGGCAUGGUCGAGGCUGCCAUGAAGUCCCCACUACGAGGUGUGGCAUGUGUGUGUGUUUUACUUGUGCUCAGGGUCAUAACACAAUAUCUGUACUUUCAGCUAAGAUUUGGUGUAACUCAAAGCUGCUUCUUGUGACAUCAUCCACACUGAAUCAUACGGCUUCACUUUUAUCAGUGAAAAUACAGAAACACAAAGUGUGGGUGUUUAAGAACCUUUCCUAGAUAAACCAAAUAAGAUGGAGAAGGUUCCAUCAGUCUGAAUCAUCAUUCCUUUAUUUGUCAUCAUCCCUUCAUUUACCCACAAUCCAUCAUUUAUUUAUAUACCACAACCCCGGGGAUAAGACGUGGGCGUGUCAAAGCCCCAGGGAGAAAAGACAGGAGGAGAGAUGGAGGUAGAUGACGGUGUGAGAAAAUAGCUUUUUCACAAAAGAGGAGUAAGUCAAAGAAGAAAGGCAGGAGAAAGAGAGAAGGAAAAUGGUGAGGAAGAGAGAAUAGAGAAAGAGAGUGAUAGAAGAAAGAAAAUAUAUACCUUGAGGCUGAUCAUUAGCUCCUCCACAGGGUUUUUCCUCCGUAGAUUCGUUCUCUCCAUAGUUGAUCUGGGGUGUCAGACUCACAGCACACACUAUAACUAUUACAGUGGUUGUAUUUGGUCAUUAUAAGCUUAUUCAACUUUAUUUUCACUUUCAGUCAAAGUGUUGUUGUUGUUCUGUGUGUGUCCUAUAGACUCCCUAGAACCCACCUACCAGCAGCUGCAGAGGAUGAAGCUGGACAAGAGUCCGUUCGUGGUGGUGUGUGUGAUUGGUCAGGAGCUGCUGACCACUGGUUUCCACGGAGCCUCGGUUGUGGUCCUGGAGGCGGGGCUAAAGAUUGGCACAUGCUCUCUGAAGGCAAGGCAGUUUGUGUGUGCGUGCGUGUGUGUGUGUGUUUCUAUGUGUGUGUGAUGAUCAUUGAGUUUCUUCUCUCUUCUUUCUGAAGCUCCGAGGUUCAGUGUUCUCUGCUCUCAGCUCAGCCUACUGGUCUCUAGGCAACGCAGAGAAGAGCACAGGAUACAUGCAGCAAGACCUGGAGGUCGCCAAGACACUAGGUACACACACACACACACACACACAUACAUACAUGCUUUCACACACACACACUAUUGGAUGCAUACACACACAUACACACACUAGGUAUUGGUGAAGAGAGAGAGCUGUACGUGUGAUUUAAGACUGCGAUAACCCACUGAGUGGAAGACAAGGCAUUUGCUAUGGUAGCUAACACGAGUCAUCAGGUCUCAAGCAAGGUUACUCAUCAUGUGAGUUUAGUUCACUGAACCACCUCCACUACAUAAUGGAUUAGUAGAAAUCUGUAGGCUUCAAACCCAAAUGGAUAGGAACGAUUAACACCAUCUUAAAAAGCCUUAUGACCACACCCACCUCAUUAUCAUGUCUUCCCAGGUGACCAAUCAGGCGAAUGCCGGGCUCACGGGAACCUAGGGUCCGCCUACUUCUCCAAGGGCAACUACAGGGAGGCUUUAACCAAUCACAGACAUCAGCUGGUCCUUGCCAUGAAACUCAAGGACAGAGAGGUACCUAGUGUGUGUGUGUGUGUGUGUGUGUGUGAUCGCUCCAUUGUGUACUUCUACUCUUUCCCUGUCUUUUAUUCAGGAGCCAUGCUAAGUUGCUCUCAGUCAAAGCAAUGUGACAAUGUAACAAUGUCUGCCCUUGAGCCACACCACCCACUCACUGUUUAUGACUGGAAUACAAUGAGAAGCAAGUCUUUGUAUUAUGGUGAAGGCAGAAUUUCCAUUAGUUGUUUAACUUGACACCUUGCCGACCUGACUGUGUGAAUGUCUGGACAGCUGUAGAGUUGUACUGUAUCCUCCAUGUGCUGUGUGCUCUCAUGUCGUUGUGUAUGUUUUUUAAUAUCUAGUGUUUGUUUAAUAUUGUACGAAACAUGCCUUUCGGUAUGUUAACCUUGUUUAUGCAUGUUCUGAAUAUGUUAUACAAUUUGUGUGUGUGUGUGUGUGUCUGUGUGCACAGAGUGUGCACAGAGUCAUUUAAAUGCAUCCUAGAUGUCAAAUCGAUAAGACACCUGACACCAUGGAUGAAUGGGUGCUUGAACAGGUCCAUUCUAGCGAAAGCAGCGUGUGUGUGUGUGUGUGUGUGUGUGUGUGAGAUUGUGUGAGUGUUAAGUGCUUUAGAUCUGAGGACAUUGAGGUGUGAGUGAGAGAGGAUUAUUGCAUCUCCUCUCUCCAGUCAACACCACUGGUCCACAGCCUGAGGCUGUUCAAACACACAUAUCAACAUUACUCUACACCUCCUCAUCUCUCCUACUGUGUUUCCUUUUGUUUAGAUUGUGUGCGUCUUUCUAAGAUGCCUCCUGUGGCCUCCUGUGGCUUAAUGUGGGGUGAUAGUAGCCUCAAUGUUAGCAAGGCGGGCCAGUCACAAGAGGGUUGCCGGUUUGAAUCCCUGGGCUGACAGGAAAAGUCUAACAAGUGUGUGUGUGUGUCUCUAGGCUGCGUCCGGUGCACUGAGCAGCCUUGGCCAUGUGUACACAGCGAUAGCGGACUACCCUAACGCCCUGGCCAGCCAUAAACAGUGUGUGCUGUUGGCACGGCAGACCCAAUGCCCGCUGUCAGAGGCUCGGCAGCUGGGCAACAUGGGAGCUGUCUACACCGCACUGGGAGACUUCACCAACGCUGUGCAGUGUCACCAGCAACACCUGGACAUAGCUAAGGUGUUUAACUAAUGAACAAUCAUACACACGUAUGAAUGCACCAGGGUUGGGGUCAAUUCUAUGUCAAUUCAGGAAGUGAACUGAAAUUCCAAUUUCCAAUUUAUCAUUUCACUUACUACUUUUUUAUUCUAUCUAUGCUAUCUAUUCUCAGUGUUCCGUGUUAAAAGCACUGAAGUAAAUCAACGUUAAAGUUAUCUGAUGUGAUCUGUAGACCCUAGGUAAUGGCCGUGAGGAGGCGCGGGCGUACAGUAACCUGGGCAGUGCCCACCACAGCCAGAGAGACUUUGACAAGGCUGUCUCCUACCACACCCUGGUGCUGCAGCUGGCUCAGGAUCUGGAGGACCGGACCAUACAGAUGAGGGCUUACGCCGGCCUGGGACACGCUGCUCGUUGCAUGCAGGUAGUAGACCACACACACACAUAAUGUUACACACACACACACACACACAUGUUAGUCCCGUGUAGCUCAGUUGGUAGAGCAUGGCGCUUGCAACGCCAGGGUUGUGGGUUCGAUUCCCAUGGAGGACCAGUAUGAAAUAAUGUAUGCACUCACUAACUGUAAGUCGCUCUGGAUAAGAGCAUCUGCUAAAUGACUAAAAUGUAAAUGUAAUGUUACACACACACACAGCAUAACUCCCUGUAUGUUCUCCAGGACUUGGAGAGGGCAGGCCAGUACCACCAGCAGCAGCUGGACAUAGCAGAGGAGCUGCAGGACAGAGCUGCACAGGGACGCGCUUCAUCCAACCUGGGUAAGACAUGAUGACAGCGUCCUACACUCUCUCUCUCUCAGACAGUUAUGUGCUCUGUGUUUCCCCCUUGGGACCAGAAGGUUGUGAAUUGGAUACUAUCACAGAUACAGGAGCUGUCCCCCAAUGGCCUGACCAGUUCAAUGCCACAUCGACCAGCAGCAUUAAGGAGAGACCGAGAGGCCAGGUCUAUAGAAUGAAGGACAACAGUACAGACCUUUUUACAGACAAUCCUGGGCACUAUAAACCGAUACAUCUCUGUUUAAUAUCUACAUUCUAUGAUACAGCAUUGUUUUGUUGAAGGGGUUUGUUCAAUUUCCCUCUACAUCCCACAAACACCUCACUUGCUCUCAGCCCAGGUAUGACAGCAGGAAACCAGAGCUGUGUCCUAUCACAUGACUCCACUAGUGCCUCUCUGGCCAAUCAACACCGAUGUUUUAUUAACAAGGUUUAGGGUUCUGCGACAAUGGCGAAAUCUGAGACCUGCUGAAUCUGACCCCACUGUUGAGUGGACAAUAACCUACCUACCUGUGUGUGUGUGUGUGUGUGUGUGUGUGUGUGUAAUCUGAGUGUAUACUCUAUGAUUGUGCAGGACUGCUGACUUGGGCACCAUGGAGAGAUCUAUUUUUCUUCGCCUCUCUCUCUCUUUCUCUCUUUUCUCACGCUUUCUGUCUCUCUCUCUCUCUCUAAAAAAUACAUCACAUAAUGUAUUAUAACAGUUUAUAUAAACUAUCUUUAAACUAAUAAUGAACAGUUUCUAAACGACAUAAACCGCUUCAUAAAUCGUUCAAAGUACACCUUAAUGAUAAGUGUUAUCAGUUUAAUGUGAUAUUUAAUGGAAUCCAUCUGACAGUUCAUUUACAGCUCAAGUAGGUCAUUGGCUGAAGGAGUCUAGUAGAACUCCUUAGUGGUUUGUGACUGGGCCAUUUAAAGCUUCACUACCAGCAUUACCAUGUUAGCAGGCUGAAGCUGGUUGGGGAGUUAGUCUUGUCUGAAGGCUUGCCCAACACCUAGAUAACCUAGGACCAUAUCAGCACAAAGUAUAGACACACACACACACACACACACACACACUGACUGUUAUACACUCACAUCCCAGUGUGUAGAAUAAGGGUAGCGACUCUCCCUAUAAGCUUCCAGUGCUGCCUCAGCCAAACAGACUGUUAUAGGAUCUCUAGUAAUAUUACAUUACUUAUAAUCCGCUAACUCUGCUGGCUAUCUCAGAGCUGCUGUUGGGGAAUACCAAAGCCUUAUCGCCACACCACUAACAUGCCCCCUGGCACCAUCAGGUGUGUGUGUGUUUAUGUGUGGGAGGAUGCCUGACCCCAGGGGGUUAAUGUGCGUUAGUAUUCCUGCCGACUCUGCAGGUUGCUCUGUAAUCCUCUUAUCUCUGCACCCCUUAUGGGGCAGCUCUCCUUUUCCUAAUACACACACACACACACCUGAAAACGCUUACUUGCGCAACAUACACCAUCAUCAUCAUCAUCAUCAUCCACAUACCUCUUCAAUGAUAGCAUAGUCCUGUAUUCCAAGAUUGUUUCAGUUUUUUAGCUUCUUGUUUUCAGGCAGGCUAAUUAAAGUCAGUCCAUAGAGCUCAGUGUGAGGUUCUGUGUACUUGCUAGUGGAGACAACAUACACUGUCAGUGGGUUAUGGGGUUACAGGGAUCACAUUUCACGCUUACUGAAUCAGUCUCUCAGUCACUCACUCUCUCUCACACACACACACACACACAGAAAUAGAGACAGACACAUGCCUGCAUGCAGACUAGAUAAAGUUUAGUUUCACACUGUCAGGGCCAUGUUCAGCAGGACACAACGUUGGCCAACUUUCAGAUAUAAUUAUGUAGAACCAUGGCCAGAUGUUUUGAGUAGGGGAUGCUAACGGGAAACUAAACACCUUUUAUAAUUAAUUAAUAUUUAGUUUUAGUUUUCUACCUUAUGCACAUUAAGAGUGGGAAAUGCGCUCUACAAAUGUAUUAUUAUUAUUAUUAUUAUUAUUAUUAUUAUUAUUAUAAAGCACUCCAUGCAUCCUCUGUAGCUCAGCUGGUAGAGCACGGCGCUUGUAACGCCAAGGUAGUGGGUUCGAUCCCUGGGACCACCCAUACACAAAAAUGUAUGCACGCAUGACUGUAAGUCGCUUUGGAUAAAAGCGUCUGCUAAAUGGCAUAUUAUUAUUAUUUGCAGACUAACAGUAAGAUACAAUUCCUAAUGUGAUGAGUAGACUAGGUCUAGGAAUAUAUUCAGUAGGCCUAACUGUAGUAAAUGAAGCCUAAUUUAAUUUAGCUCAUGACUGUUUGCAAAAAAUACCGUUCUGAACAGAGCGCACAUUCGGAGAUCCGCACCAGGGGUAAACGUUGUCCUUUUAUAAAUGCAUUUUAUGCAAUUCUACAUCAGCCAUUUUGUUUUUAUACCACAAAAAUGACAAAUGAACUGAGAUCAAUAAAAACGAUACAACCUACAAAAAGAUGGGAGACACAGAUUGUAAAAUAUGAUAUCCAUCUAUCCUGGUGGAGGAAAUGAUAGUCCUAAAAAACUUUCCAGAGGCACAGACCCACCCAAUGAUAAAAUAAGUGAAGGCUGGGCAGGGCUGGGAUUCUGGGAAUAUGCGCAUUUAACAGCAUGGCAGAUGUUCUCCACUGGUCACUCAAUAUUGGGAAUUGAGAAAUUAUUUUGGUAGCCUAACUACAAAUAGAUUACAGUCUUAUCAGCAGUUUGAUUUCCAAAUUUCCAAGCGAUGCUGAUUGUCUCCCAUUGAAAUGAGUCGACUUCCGUCGGAACGCAUACAGUUUGACGCAGUUGGUGUGCACAAGGCUUAAUGCCUCGGUCAGACCAACAGCGUCAUUGCAUCCCAAAUGUAUACAAGAUAUGUGUCCCAAAAAAGUUCAACAUUCACCUUUUGCUACUAUUUCUGUCAUGUCUACACACAGUGGCGAUUUUAGCAUGUAAAUCUUGGUGGGGCAAACAAAGAGGCAAUCCGUAAUUUCGAUUAAGACAUUAAUGAGCGAGCUAGGACGGACAUAGUCAAUAUAACUAUUUGUUCAGCACUUUUGAAAUGUACAGCAACAGAAUUCCGAACAUGGGCCGUUCUUACACUAUUCUCCCUGUACACCAAGUCAGAAGUGUAGGAUAAAUAAAGGGGGCAUGUAAGCAGACAAUGAAAGCUCUUACAAUAUUCAAUGAUUACAUUUAUCUAAAACAGGCUAUAGGCUACAUGUGCACCACCAAGUCAGAACAGUAGGCUAAGUUAGGAGGGGGAAAGGGACCAAAUGAUUAGGGUGAGGCACAUGGGCUACUAACAGCUUACUACACAACAUACACUUAGUAUUACUUUCUUAGCUACAGUAUACAUAUCUCCCUGGCAUAUUACAUCAUUUAUGCAGCAGCAUAAAAUACAUUAUUGGACUCACCUUGUUGUGAUGUUGUGACUUGGAAUUCAGAGUUGGAUGACCAUUCAAAACGUAUUUUCCCAGUCUGAGCUUGUUUUUUUCAGAGUUCCCAGUUGUCUUGGACUCACUGAAGUCUGAGAUUUCCCAGUUCCGAGUGUCCAGUUGUUUUGAACACGGCAGAAGUCAAGCUGGAUUGACAGCAUGGUCAAUGUAUUCAACCUUUUCUGGCCCAUGGUGUGUUGCAAGUGAAUGUUUAUCAUUUUAAGCUUGGAAAAGAGACCCUUAAACCCAGACUUGGACCACACACCCUCUCCACUGAAUAGCAGGUUAGUAAUUGCUUUGCAAAGCUCGCAGUUAGCCACUGAUUCCUUCCAAACUAUUGAAUUUACUUGUUGUGUAAUGUUUAUGUCCAAUGGCCGAUGAGCACUGUUUUAUCUAUAAUUUCUCUUCAUAUGACAAGGAUUUAAAAGGAUUUGUCAGUAGAUUGGGGAAUUGAUUCAUGAUGAUGACUGCUUUCUAGCUUGCUAGCUAAGAUUUUGAAAGGAUGAUGUUGACAUGAUCAGUCCAAUCAAAGCAAUGGUAGAUAUAACGUGAUUUGACGUAAUUGUAUCUGUGGCAAUGACCUUAAGCCUUCUUGGAUGGGCACUUCUAAUGUAAAUCUAUGGCAGCACCCAAGGGGCUUGAAUUUUCGAGGUCUCCCCGUAGAUUUUGCGGUGACGUAGUGUCCCCAUGAGUGACAGAACACUGAGCCAAUCACGGCGCAACUAGAGAACAUUACCAACCCCUAAGCUCCGUAUUUUCCGCUGGCUGCCCCACCUCCACAGAAAGCACUGAGCUACGCUGAAACACCUGCAUUUUGGAGCUGCCUUACUCAAGAAAGCAAAAAAGAGACCAUGUUUGUAUGCAGCUUUAUUAACUCAAUGAUAAAAUUUUUGAAAUUGUUUGAAAACUGAUAUGUGACACGUAUUAAUGCCAAAAUAACAUGCAAAGCAGGCAACAAAAAAAUGAAAAUAAAAUAAACACACAGUACCUGUCAAAAGUUUGGACACACCUACUCAUUCAAGGGUUUUUCUUUAUUUUUACUAUAUUCUACAUUGUAGAAUUAUGGUGAAGACAUCAAAACUAUGAAAUAACACAUAUGGAAUCAUGUAGUAACCAAAAAAGUGUUAAACAAAUCAAAAUAUAUUUUAGAUUUUAGAUUCUUCAAGGUAGCCACCCUUUGCCUUGAUGACAGCUUUGCGCACUCUUGGCAUUCUCUCAACCAGCUUCAUGAGGUAGUCACCUGGAAUGCAUUUCAAUUAACAGGUGUGCCUUGUUAAAAGUUAAUUUGUGGAAUUUAUUUCCUUCUUAAUGUGUUUGAGCCAAUCAGUUGUGUUGUGACAAGGUAGGGGUGGUAUACAGAAGAUAGCCCUAUUUGGUAGAAGACCAAGUCCAUAUUAUGGCAGGAACAGAUUAAAUAAGCAAAGAGAAAGACAGUCCAUCAUUACUUUAUUUAUUUUUUUGCUAAACAGGUGGGACUCAAAACAGGUGGGUCUCUGCCCCACCUGCCCUGAAUGACUGGUCGCCACAAAUGCAGCGUUCGAUUGGAAAUCAAUGUACUUAUGGUGUACCAAAAUGAAAUGAUGCUGUCAGUCUGAUCGAGGUGAAAGUCUAGGCUAUGUACUGCACUUGUGGUUAAAAACAAUCCACAGCUAUUUUUUUAAAGAAGCUAUUGAUCUUCCAAACUCUCUAGUGUAGUAUUUUGAAAUAUUUUUAUUUAUGUACAAACAGGAGUAAUUUUGCCAAUUUUAUUAAAAUUUACCAGGAGCACUCCUACUUCCCGUGGCUUCAUGUCAGCUCUAUUCAUGGCAUUUCUAUCUGCAACGUAACGUUUGUGUACUGAACAUGGCCCAGUUCAAUCUCCCGCCCUGAGCGCCCUCACCUCCAGGCUCAUGUCACUCUGUGAAGAAGUUGAGAUCAUCACCUGCAACUGCAGGUUAAUCUGUUUUUGGGAGCUACCGCGUCAAAAAUACGACACAAGGCAAGUUGUUUUAAAAAUUGUUCUUGUGCUUCUCUCAGGUUUAUUUGUUUGUAGUUAGCUAGACAGUUCAUUAAUAAAAAGCCCAAUGUGUUUUUGGCGAGCACUUUCCUAGACUGCUCACUCUUGAGCUGAGUUGAGUUGAUUAGCUAGCUAGCUAACUUGUUGUUGUUAGCAGCUAGCUAGCUCAUUGAAAACAUUCUAAAAUGUCAGAUGAUCAUAAAAGAGAGAUUCACCUCAGGGAUUCACAGCUGGGAUGUGGAUGUAGGGUACAAUGAUGACUGGAUGGUAGGGGUGGCCAAAGAGUCCAUUAUCAGGAAACGUGGCUCUCAAAAAAUAUAUACAUGUUCGCUGUUGGGGUGCUUACCGGAGAAGCAGUGAGAAUCAGGGAACCAAUGAGAAGUGUGUCCUUCUAUGAUCCUUUUAUUGACCCAGCACGGGAUUGUGGGAUUGCACCAUUUAUCACACAUUUACAGAGAAGAUGUAGCCAUACUUCUAUGUCGGUUUGUUCAAAAAGGAACUACUGCAGAUCCUACAAAUGAAGAUUUCUGUUGAGGUGAAAAACGACUUAGUCCUAGCUUAAGUGAAUAAGAGAUUACUUCCAUGAAAUGUUUUGCAAUGCAAAUUCUGUAAUUGUAUUUUGCUAAUUUUGAACCUUUUCAUUACUUUCAUAAGUCUGUUGAGCUGCAGAUCAGAAUCUACUCAGUUAAAAGAGAAUUGCUGCAGUGCCGUUGGUUAGGCCAAAAUUGAUAGAUCAUUCAAGCUUUCAAUGUCAAAUGUUCCUGACAGGAAAUUCUUUCAAAUAAAGAUUUUGGCAUAAGUAACAAACCAUUGAUGUAUUAUUGACAGAUCCCGGUAACCAACAUGUUUGUGUACAUUAGAAAGGCAUUGAAAAUGUUACGGUACCCUUCCUUAUACAACCUGCUAAGCACUUUCUCUCUUGUUACAUCAGGGCUGUGUUCAGGAUGAAAGAAAGUAACAAAUGGAAACAGCGUUUCUCCACUCAGAAUGCCAAGCUAGCUUAGCCCAUCUCAUGCUCCAUUCCAUUUUGAACUGACCCUCUAGCCUACAAACACAAACACACACUGGAUCAGACAGACAGAUGUCAGGGCCAUGUGUUACUGAUCCAUCUCCAUCUGCUGUCUCGACAUCCCCUACCUCUCUCUCUCUCCUCCCUAUGUGUCUCUCCUCCACCUUUGCGCCCUCUUUCAAUCCUCCCUCCCUCACUCUUGUCCUGUUAGAAGCAGACACUCUAGCUCUGAUACCCCCCCCCCCCCCCCCCCCCCAUACCAACACACACACUCAGACAUCGGUGUAUUCAGGGAUGUGAAACGCUUUGAACGUUGCAGAUGGAAAUGAAAAGAGCAGAAAAAAGGCUAAACAAUUCCCUAUUCCCUAUUAGACGUUCCGUCCUUUUGAACAGGCCCAGUGUCAGUGUCUGUGUCAGACGGUUGGCUGUGAUCCUGAUUGGUCAUCCUCAUGUCUGAUCUCUAAUCUCUGCCUGUCCGUCACUCACUUUCACUCACUGGACUGUGCCUCUCUUUCAGGUAUAAUCCACCAGAUGAAGGGGGAGUAUGAGGCAGCGUUGAAGCUCCACAAUGCCCACCUGUGUUUGGUCCAGGAGCUGGGGGACCAUGCUGCUCAGGGCAGGGCCUACGGGAACAUAGGCAAUGCCUACAACGCUCUGGGAAUGUACGACCAGGCUGUGCGCUACCACCGGCAGGAACUGCACAUAUCACUAGAGGUGAGGAGACACACACGUGAACACACACACACGUGAACACACACACACACAGAGCGCUCUGGGGAUGUACCACCAGGCUGUACGGUAUCAUAGGCAUCAGAUAUCACUGGAGGAAGACACACCUGGUAUUGACCCAUCUUUCCUCUCUCAGGUGAAUGACCGUCCCUCCCAGGCCUCUACCCAUGGUAACCUGGCUGUAGCCUAUCAGGCGCUGGGCGCUCACGACCGGGCUCUCCAGCACUACCUGCACCACUUGAACAUCGCACGUGAACUACGAGACACACAGAGCACGGCCAGGGCACUAGGUAACAUAGGGACAAACCAACAAAUGAAGGAAUGAAAUAUACUUUAUUGAUUCCUAAAGGUAAAGUGUAUGUGUGUGUGUAGGUAACCUAGGUAACUUCCACUGCUGUAGAGGGGAGUAUGUCCAGGCGGUUCCCUACUACCAGCAGUACCUGACACUGUCACCUCAGCUACAGGACCUGGAGGGAGAGGGCAAGGUCUGCCACAACCUGGCCUACACACACUACUGCCUGGGACAGUACAGAGAGGCCGUCAGGUAGGGGACACACUCCAUACAUCUCUAUGUAUAAUAAUAGCUCUUAAAGAUUGUCCUGACCUCUCCAAAUAAAUACAGAAAGGAAAAGGAAAUGAGGAAGGAAACACACCUUUUCUUCUUUCUCCUGACAGGUAUUAUGAGCAGGACCUGGCCCUGGCUAAAGACCUGGGGGAUAAGUUGUCCCAGGCUAAAGCAUACUGUAACCUUGGUCUGGCAUACAAAGCCCUGGGGGAAUACAACAAGGCUGAGGACUGUCAGAGAUACCUGCUGUCCCUGGCUCAGGCUCUCAACAACACACAGGUACAGAUAGUAACUAGCACAACUGGUAUUGGUGGAAUGGGUCGUUAGGGGGUCUAUGUGUGUUUUGUAGGGGUCUUGGCAGGGGUGGUAAGAUUCUGUGUGUGUGUGUCCAGGCUGUGUUCCGUGCACUGGGGAACCUGGGGGAUGUGUGUGUGUGUCGGGUUGACGUGGCCGGGGCGGUGAGGUUCUACCAGCAGCAGCUCACCCUGGCUCAGGAGGUCAAAGGCCACAAAAUGGAGGCCGACGCCUACUCAGCGCUAGGCUCCGCCCACAGGUAAGCUCCUAGUCCAGUUAGGAUUUACAUUUGUAUUUUAUUUAUUAACUUCCUGUAUGUUUUCAGUUCAUAUUGACUGAGAAUUAAUAGUGAUUCUCUCCCUUCUUCCCUCCCCCAGACUCCUCCGUCAGUACGACCUGGCCCUCUCCUUCCACCAACAGGAGCUGUCUGCCCGCACCGCUCUGGACGACCAGCAGGGGCAGUGUGGUGCUCUGGGCCACCUGGCAGCCGUCCACAUGGCCCUGAUGGACUACGCCACAGCCUUCCAGUGCUACCAGGCCCAGCUCACCCUGGCACAGGGACUCAGAGACGCCCGCGUGGAGGCACAGGUCCAGGGAAACAUGGGCAUCACCAAGAUGAACAUGGGCGUCCUGGAGGAGGCCAUUGGGUAUUUUGAGCAGCAGUUGGCCAUGCUGGAGCAGCUGAGUGGGGCUGAGUGUGUGCUGGACAGAGGCAGGGCCUACGGGAACCUAGCAGACUGUUAUGACUCUCUGGGAGACUUUGAGGAAGCUAUAAAGUACUGUGAGAUGUUUCUAACUGUGGCUCAGAGUCUCAACCAUGUUCAGGACCAGGAGAGAGCCUACAGGGGACUGGGCAAUGCACACAGGUAAGGGCAGAGACACUCUCUCUAUCCGUCUCUUUAUCUCUCUCUCUGUUCUCUGUUCUCUCUCUCUCACCCUCCCCUCUCUCUCUCUCUCUUUAUAUAUCUCUCUCUCUCUUUAUAUCUCUCUCUCGCUCACCCUCCUCUCUCUCUCUCUCACCCACGUCUCUCUCCCUCUCUCUCUCUCAGCCUCCUCUCUCUCUCUCUCACCCUCCUCUCUCUCUCUCUCUCUCUCAUCCUCCUCUCUCUCUCUCUCACCCUCCUCUCUCUCCCUCUCUCUCUCACCCUCCUCUCUCUCCCUCUCUCUCUCACCCUCCUCUCUCUCUUUCUGUUUCUCUGCUGGUCCCUGGUGAGGGAAUGGCAGAGUAAUGAUAGGUCAAGUCAUGUAGUUAGACUGAUAGAAGCCACAGCUCAGUGUUAGUUUGCAGACACAUCCUCUUUCACAUUCCCUCCCCUAAGGAUAUGCACAUUUAUUUUAAUCUCAUACUAGCAAAAUGAACAUGUCCUGAAGUUAUUGCCCAAUUUGUUUUCUUGUUUACCUUCUUAAGUUGCUCGUAUAGCUCUCUCUGGGAAACUAGACACCUUUUGAUGUUUGGAAAUCCAGAGCUGAGUGUUUUAUGUUGUGACUCUUGAAAUGCAUUUAUGUAAAUAAUUGGUAGGGCUCAUUCUGAAUGCGAUAGUGACUCAUCUGCAGCAAGCAGUAGGCCUACAUUAGCAACUCUGAAUAGGGAAAUGGGGGUAAACAAAAACAACUCAUCUCCUCCCUCCUCUCCUCCCUUCCUUCCUCCCUCUUUUCUCCCUCCCUCCUCUCCUCUCAGAUCUCUAGGUAGUCUCCAGCAGGCUUUGGUGUGUUUUGAGAAGAGACUGGUGGUGGCCCAUGAGCUGUGCGGAUCAGGAGGCGGAGAGGGAGGAGAAGGUGGAGGAUGGGGGAAGGCCCAGGCCUAUGGAGAGCUGGGAGACCUACACAGCCAGCUGGGGAAUUAUGAGCAAGCCCUGUCCUGCCUGGAGCAUCAGCUCAACAUCGCCUGCACCUCAAGGGUAAGACUUCUACCUCGAAUGAAUGAAUGAAUGACUGAGUGAUGGGAGGGAGGCAGGUAAAUAGGGGUGAAUAAAGACCUUUGGCAGUUACCUGUAUAUAUAUUAAUCUAUAUGCUAUAACUAUUUAUUCUAAAUCUGUUCCUCCCAGGACCGAGCACUAGAGGGCGAAGCGAGCGCGGCGCUGGGUGGAGUGUACCAGCUGAUGGGAGAGAACGAGGCAGCUCUACAGGUUGGUGCUGUUCUUAUCAUGAUGGUAUUAUAUUCCCCAUGCAGUGUUCUACUGUCUGCCUGUCUGUGUCCAUCUGUCUAUCAAUCUCUCUCUCGCUCUCUCUCUCUCUCAAGUGGCACCAGAGCGCGUUAGAGAUUGCGGAGGAGACCGGAAAUGGGAGGAGUCAGGGUAUGGCCUACGGGAACAUGGGACUGACCUAUGAGGCACUGGGAAACUACAAAAGGGCCGUGGACUGUCAGGUAAACACACACACACACUAUGGUCGUGUUCUCAUUGGUAUACGAUUUGGGACUUGACCUUUCUGUCUCUUGUGAUGUCAUCAGGAGCAGCACCUGAGUGUGGCGGCGCAGAAUAAUGACCUCACAGCCAAGACACUGGCGUAUGGCAGCCUGGGGAGGACCCACCAUGCGCUACAGAACUACACACAGGCUGUCAUGUACCUGCAAGAAGGUGAGAGGAGAGCGAGAGAGAGUAUGAAUGAAGACAUGGUUUUUGGAGAAAGAGGGAGGGGAGGAGAGGGUGAUUUGAUGAUGUUUUGAGACUCCCUCUCGCUCUCUCUCUCUCUCUCUCUCGCUGUCUCGCUCUCUGUCUCUCUCCUGUCGCUCUGUCUUCUGUCUCUCUCUCAGGUCUGCGUCUAGCGGAGCAGUGUGGGAGGAGAGAGGAGGAGGCUAAGAUCCGUCACCGUCUGGGCCUGUCACUGUGGGCCAGCAGCAACCUGGAAGAGGCCCAGCACCAGGUAUCAACCUAUGUAGUUUCACAACUUAGCUUCUCUUCAGUCCUGCUGACACCUGCUGGUGGACUAUGGAACUGCAGUCUCUGAUUCUAACCUGAGGGGUUUUGAGACCCUGUAUUGAAAAUAAUAACUCAUUUUGUGUAUAUGGUGAUAGGGGUGUGACAUGGGUGUGUAUUCAGGCAUGAAUGAGUAUGUGAUGCAGGUGUGUAUUCUUUUUCUCUCUCUCCAGCUGUACCGAGCGUCUGCGUUGUUUGAGUCGAUUCGUCACGAGGCCAAGCUCAGCUCAGACUACAGACUGUCUCUGUUCGACCUGCAGACAUCAUCAUACCAGGCUCUCCAGAGGGUCCUCGUCAGCCUGGGUAACACUUUACUUCCUGUUCUAUCUCUCUUGUUAUCCAUCUCCUUCCCUUUCUCUAUUUAUCUAUCUCUCACUUUCUUUCACUCUUUCUCUACUUGUUCACUUUCUCUUCUCAUCCCUCAGUUCAUCCCUUUCUCCUCUCCUCCCUAGGUCAUUAUGACGAGGCCCUAGCAGUGGCAGAGCGGGGUCGGACCCGGGCCUUCGCUGACCUCCUGGUGGAGCGACAGCAAGGUCACCAACCCCUGACCUCUGACGCUUAUACUCCGACCCCUGACCCUUACUCCCCGGUAACCGUAGAACACAUCCUGGAUAUGGUCAACAGUCAGAAGUCACUGGUGCUGUACUUCUCUCUGGCUGCAGGGUACCUCUACAGCUGGCUACUGGCACCAGGCACAGGUAGGUAUAUACAUAUACACAUAUACCAGUGGAGGCUGCUGAGGGGAGGACUGCUCAUAAUAAUGGCUGGAAUGGAGCGAAUGGAAUGGCAUCAAACACAUAGAAACCAUGUUUGAUACCAUUACACUAAUUCCACUCCAGCCAUUACCACGAGCCCGUCCUCCCCAAUUAAGGUGCCACCAACCUCCUGUGACAUAUACACACCUACCUCUAAUCCCUAACCCUGUGUUGUGUUGUGUGCAGGUAUAGUGAAGUUCCAUGAGGUGUACCUGGGUGAGGGAGGAUCUGAGCUGCAGGCCUCAGAGAUCCAGGGGGGAGGAGUUAGUGGCUGUCAGACUCUGGAGCAGCAGAUCACUGCAGCGAGAGAGGCUCUGGGAGUUGACAACUACUACAGCAGGUGUGUGUGUUUGUGUGGAUCUUGCACUUGCUAUGGUCUCUGCUUUAUUAAAAUAUUGUUUAGUGCUUCACUGAGAGACUGCAGGCUCUCUUUAACGCUUGGCUCGGUGCUCUGUCCCUCUCUCCCUCUCUCUGUAGAAUGGAUGGGAUAUUCAGAGGUGACAUAUUUCACCCUUCCAAGUGAUAAUGGGAGCUUGCAGCCUCUCUCUUUCUCACACACACACACACACACACACACACACACACACACACACACACACAGACAGACACACACACAGAGAGGCACACAUGCACACACACUCUCAAACACACAAUGCACACUGGCAAUCCAUCACUGAAGUGCUAAAUGAUCUUUUAAUAAAGUAGAGAGAGAGACUAUCAUACCUCGGAGAGUAAUACAGUUUAAUACAGCACUGCAGGCUACUGUGUAAUGUGUGUUGUGUCAGCAAAUGUUAUCCCUCACACAUUGUUCUCCUGCCCUCACUGACAACCACUGCAGUACUGUUGCCCUAGCCAGCAGCACCUUAGUGUGUGUGUGUGUGUGUGUGUGUGUGUGUGUGUGUGUGUGUGUGUGUGUGUGUGUGUGUGUGCGUGCGUGCGUGUACCAGCAGUGAGACGGAGAAUGAAGCAGGUGAUCUGUUAGAACAACAGUUUGAGGAACGACUGACAUCAGCCACCGACCCUACUGGCUACCUACGCAUGGUGUCCAGAAACAACCUCUUUAGCAGGUGUGUAUGUGUUUUUUGCAGAGAGUCAAUGUUGACUGAAAUGUCACCACAUUUGAAAACGUAUGUCAUUCUGUAUGUUCCUAUGCAAUAUCUACUGGUUGUAGACAGCACCAUUUGUUAAACCACAAGCAUAAUUUCCCUAUUUCUACAGAAGUAGUCAGAGUUUGUCCAGUCUGGUCAGUUCUACAGUGUCUCCAGUGAGAGAGACCUCCUCCUCUCUGCCUUGUAGACCCGGCCCCCUCACCAAACCCCCCCUACGAGCCCUUCACCACCUGCUCAUUGCACCUAUGGAGGAGGUAAGAGUGUGUGUGUGUGUUUAUCCUAACGACACUAAUUUUACCAUUUGAUAGAGAUCGAAUUACAUUAUCUGUCUACUCAUUCUUUCACUCUCUCUCUCUCUCCCUCUCUCGCCCUAGGUGCUGAUGCCUGGUAGUGGUGCAGCGGCCAGACACAGACAGUUGGUGUUGGUGUUAGAGGGAGAGCUGUACCUGGUUCCCUUCGCUCUGCUCAAAGGUAGCUCCUCUAAUGAGUACCUGUAUGAGAGGUUCAACCUUCUAGCUGUCCCAUCUUUAAGGAGCCUGGGGGCUGCAGCCAAGGUUAGUGUAUAGUACACACACACACAAAUACACAGACUCACACACACACACAGAGACACACACACACAGUGACACACUAAACAAUACAACAGCACAACCUGUACAAUUCAAUAUACUGAUAGCAUACAUGUCAUACAGUAUUAACCAUUUUUGUCAUUGAUUGUGUUUGACUGACUGAUCAUUUAAACCAGCGUCUCCUCCUCCCCUCUCCCCCAGUCCUACCCUCGUCACAGAGCUCCCUUCCUCUACAGCGGUGGGGGUUCUAUGACCGUGGUAGUGGGGGCUCCACGCCUGCCCUCCAGGGUGAUGGAGCGUUGGCUGUGGGGGCCGCUGCCCUCUGCCCACGACGAGGCCCUCCGCCUGGGGGAACUGCUGGGCUGCCAGCCCCUCACUGGAACACAGGCCACCAAGGUACAAAAAAAAGAGAGAGUGUGUGUGUUCUGCUCCCACUGUGACUUAUUGAGACGCACAAACAGACAACAUUCUCCUCACUUCUCUUCUCUAGGAGCGUGUGCUAGCAGCCAUGAGCCAGGCAGAGUGUGUUCACUUUGCUACUCAUGUCUCCUGGAAGCUGGCGGCCCUGGUUCUCUCUCCCAGCCAGGAUCCAGGGGUGGACUUAGGAACACGGCCCAAGGAGAGUGCACCGUGUGGGGGAUCACUUUUAAGCGAGAGUGGGGAUGUGGGAGCAAGGACAGAGCUACGGGAGGACGGGAGUGAGGACAGAGGAAGUGUGUGUGACGCAGAGAGUGUGUGUGACAGUCCACCGCUACAGGACUUUCUGCUCACUGCGGCCGAUAUACUGGACCUGAGACUGCCUGUCAAACUGGUGGUGCUGGGGUGAGACACGCGCACACACACACAUGCCUAAUUAUCAAGCAGUUUUAGUUUGUUUUAUACUGUAUGUCUAAGUUUAUCAUCUUCUUAUCUCUCCUCUCCUCUCUCAGGUCGUACCAGGAGUGUGUCAACAGAGUGACAGCUGACGGGGUGGUGGGUCUAUCCCGUGCCUUCCUGGCGGCGGGGGUGCAGUGUGUGUGUGUGUCGCUGUGGCCCGUUCCCAUGGCAGCCUCCAAGGUGUUCACACACAGCUUCUACACGGCGCUGCUGAACGGGACCAAGGCCAGUGCAGCUCUCACUGAGGCCAUGAAGACUCUACAGAGCAGCACACACUUCUCACACCCUUCUAACUGGGCGGGUUAGUACACACACCCUUCACACCCUUCUAACUGGGUGGGUUAGUACACACACCCUUCACACCCUUCUAACUGGGUGGGUUAGUACACACACCCUUCACACCCUUAUAACUGGGUGGGUUAGUACACACACCCUUCACACCCUUCUAACUGGGCGGGUUAGUACACACACUUCUAACUGGGUGGGUUAGUACACACACCCUUCACACCCUUCUAACUGGGUGGGUUAGUACACACACCCUUCUAACUGGGCGGGUUAGUACACACACCCUUCACACCCUUCUAACUGGGUGGGUUAGUACACACACCCUUCACACCCUUCUAACUGGGUGGGUUAGUACACACACCCUUCACACCCUUCUAACUGGGUGGGUUAGUACACACACCCUUCUAACUGGGUGGGUUAGUACACACACCCUUCGCACCCUUCUAACUGGGUGGGUUAGUACACACACCCUUCACACCCUUCUAACUGGGUGGGUUAGUACACACACCCUUCACACACUUCUAACUGGGCAGGUUAGUAUAGUAUACACACACACACACAUGAUUCACUCCUCCUCCUGUUUUCUCUCAGGCUUCAUGUUGAUUGGCUGUGAUGUGAAGCUGAACAGCCCCUCGUCUCUGAUUGGCCAGGCCCUGGCAGAGAUCCUCCAAUAUCCUGAGAGAGCUAGAGACGCCCUGAGAGUUCUACUGCACCUGGUAACAAACAUGCACAACGUUUGCCAUAUUGCCUAUGGCUAUUCAAGAGACUUUAAAGAACCUUUCCAAAUAAUGUGAUUUCUUUCCCUCCAUCCCUCAGGUUGAGAAGUCUCUCCAGCGUAUACAGAGUCGUCAGAGUAACGCUAUGUACACCUCGCAGCAGAGCGUGGAGAAUAAGGUUUGUGUGCGUUUGAGCUCUGCAUAUUUACUUGUGUUAAGGUAUUUGGUGUUCCUCAUUACUUGGUUAUUCUGAGUAAUUUUAAUGAAUAACUGUUUUAUAUGAACCCAUCAGGUUGGUGGGGUCCCGGGAUGGCAGGCCCUGCUGUCAGCUGUGGGGUUCCGGUUAGACUGUUCAGGUACCGGCAGUAGUCUCCCCGCUGCUGUCUUCUUCCCUACGGCUGACCUUGGAGACCGGCUGCAGCUCUGCAGCACCACCCUGCAGUCACUACUAGGUAACCUAUCAAUUUAGGAGUGAAUCAAUCAAUUAACCAAUCAGACUGUCAGCACAGCUACCAUACUCUAGAUCCAACAUGGUAAUCAGUCAGUCAAUCAGUCCUCUCUGUCGUCCAGGUCUGCCUCAUGCAGCCUUCCAGGCCCUCUGUAAACUGGUCACUGCUGCUGAGACUGGAGACCAGCUCAUCAACAAAGUAGGCCUCAAUGCACACUCACACACACUGAUUAAUUUGCAUGCUGUAUGCUUUAUUUGAAUGUACAUGUGAUGAGCCUGGCAAUAAUUGCAUGGGAUCAAUAUCAUCAUAACCUCAGUGAUUUUUAUGGCUCAUAAACAGUGGUAGUCCCUGCAUGGUGUUCAUUAACAAGGCCUGUUGCUUUCUAAUGGUCUGUUCCUAACAGUUGAAGUCCUAUCUCUCUCUCCCUCUUACCCACCACUUGAAGGCUGUUAAACAUAUGGUGGGAAUGGUAAGUAGCUUUCUGGCAUGAGAAACUCAUACUGAGGCAAAAAAAAGGGGGCAGGGUAGAAAUUAUAGUGUGAGAAGAUGCUACGAUAACCUACCUCUCCCGGUCUACAGCUUCACCAGGUAUUGGUUCAGCAGCAGUCAUGUGACAAGGAGCAGGAGUUCUCAUUGGCUCCCAUCCAGGUGUCAAUUAGUGUCCAGCUGUGGAGACUUCCUGGUUGUCAUGAGUUCCUGGCUGCGCUGGGUGAGUCAGUCAUCGCCGUACUGAGAGUUGGAUAUAUAAUAGCAGAGGCAGCCAGUCUCAUCUUUAGAGAGCCAGUGUGGGUGACCGACUAGGUUUCGAACCCAGGUUUCCUUUAUGUCACAAGACUGUGUUAGCCCAUUGAGCUAAAGCCUAGGCGUUUAGUGUGUGUCAUUAUUUUCCCUUCUCUGUUUCCCUCCAGGUUUUGACCUGUGUGAGGCAGGACAGGAGGAGGUGCUAUUGAAGACUGGUAAACAGGCUAGCAGACGGACCAUGCACUUUGCUCUGCAGUCUCUACUGGCACUGUUUGGUAAGAGUCUCCAAGCUCUCUCUCUUAACUCUACAUUGUUAUGUAUGUUGGUUACAUAGUCUGGCAUCCAGACUUCAAGUGAAACAUUCCUAUACUUUCAUCUUACCUCGGUCUCACCUGUCCAUCUUGUCCUCUCUCCCUGCAGACUCUACGGAGCUGCCCAAACGUCUCAGCCUGGACAGCUCUUCCUCUCUUGAGUCUCUCUCCUCCUCCCAGUGUGCCUCCCACUCCCUCCCUCGCUCCCUCCCCCUCAACCUUCCCCAGCCUCCCUUCUCCCCCCCGCUUGGCGACCCAGACGGUCUCUCCUGUGACGCCAUCUCCCUCUACAGCCUCAGCUCCCUCACCUCCUCUCUCAGCUUCCUGUCCCGCCCCGAACCUGCAGGAAGUGAUGUCAUCAGCCAGCGCUCGCGGCAGCAGGAGCUGGAGCGGCACCGCGGAGGAGCGGGGUUAUUCGCCUCGCACCGACACACAGGAGGCAUGUCGAGAAACAGAUUGACGAAUCACAGAGGAGUAGGAGGAGGGACAGAGGGGGAGGAACAGGAGGAGUAUGAAGGAUUCUCCAUCAUCAGCAGUGAACCUCUGGGGGGAGGGGGGAGGGAGUGUGACACCUUACCCCUCCCUGGGGGACACAGACACCUUAGAGGAGCAGGGAGGGGAGGCGUGGUGGGGAGAGGGUACCCCGUCUCAGUCUCCUCCAAGGGGAGUGUCAGCACUCCCACCUCACCGCUAAAAGUCCUCCCGCCACCCUUGACCAUACCCCCCAGCCCUAACACACACGCUAAGUCCCAGGGGUAAGUUAUUGCUUUUUAACUGACUAGUUGACUGUUUGCUUCAACUGUUUGCCUCUUGACCUACUUGUCACAUCAAAUUAACCAUCUCUCCUCCCCAGCUCUCAGAGCAUGUCUAAAGGUCAGGUGGUCAGUACAGAGGCAGUGCUCUCUGAGUCUGACCAGUCCAGUACAGAGACAGACAGCACCGUCAAGUCCCAGGAAGACAAGCCUCCCCCCAUCCCUCUGGACCCCCAGGAGCUGGCCAGCAGGAUCCUGUCAGAAACCCAGAGCCACAUGCAGGCUGUGGAGAGCCUCCAGAGGGGGAGGACAGGAAGGGCAGGCAAUGGAGGAGGGGAGGAGGGGUUAAGGGAACCAGAACGUAGACCUUCCUCCACCUCAGCCCCCCUGACCCCGACUGUGACCCCCACCGGAGGGGGUUUGGGCUUCCGUUCGUCUGAGACCAGCGCUUUCAGCAGACCCAGUAGUAGAGCCAGCCUACAGGCCCGGGCUUCACCUCUCUCCCUCUCCAGCCCUCUCUCACCGCUCCCUGCCCCCCUCUCACCCCUCUCCACGCCCCUCCUCCUCUCCACCAGGUCCAAACCCCCCUCUCGUUCCUCAUCCUUACAGAAGAUCAGCUCCGGCUAUAACAGCCCAACCCUAUCCUCCCGCUCUCCCUCCCUGUCUUUCUCUCACCCCCACCCCUCACCCUCCAGAACCCCAGACCCCCACAUCCAGGCGCAGCUCAGACUUAAAUACCCUAGCUCCCCUUACACCCCCCAUAUCUCACACUCCCCCAAUAGCAUCUCCAUCUCCCCCAGCUCAGGCCACCCUUCCCCAGUCGGCAGCUUCCCGUCCUUGGCUGCAUCCCCAGUCCUCUCCCUGGCCCCCUCCCCUGCCCUCUCCUACUCCUCCACAGGUUCCACCUCGGCCCGCUCCAGCCCAGCCGAAACCCCAGACCUGGGUCGGUUGAAACGGGCAGGUCUGGUGGACGAGAGGGUCCAGGCCAUCCACAACCUGAAGACCUACUGGUCCAACGUCACCCAAAGGCAGGAGGUUCCCGGCCCAGGCAGGGUGCUCCGAGGUGGGGGGAAGAAGAUGAGCACGGUCCAGAAAGAUGUCCUGGGGCUCCUUCACCUCUCUCCAAGACAUGGAUCCACCAACCAGAACCAGGACACUGAGGAGACCCAGAGCGCCACCAACCCGCCUAACGGACACAGAAAGCUGGGUUCAAAACCGCCAGUGGUGCCUCCUCCUCAGGCUGCUACUGACUCCUCCUUGGAAGGUAGUCCCGGAGCACCCCCAUACCCCGUCAGACUGCCCUCUGGGAAAGGCUUCAAGUUCCCCUCGCCUGGGAAGUUCUUCCCCUCCUCUAAAUGCUGA